AGCAUUAAUAUAUAACAAUCAAAAGGUAGUUCAUAUUCGUACUUAUUGCUCAUUUUCUCGUGGGAUAACUAGCUGCUAUUGGAGAUAGAGGAUUUAUGCGUAACGAAUCGCUAUUAUAGUAAUUUAAGGUGUUUUUCAUACAGAAUAGGGAUUAAUAAAUACUAUUUUCUGAACAGUAAUGGAAAAUCUGUCAUCUUCGGAAUGUCUACAGUCGGUGUGUGACAGGCAUGUUAAGGAAGAACUGAAAUAUUAUUGCUUUUUAUGUCGAAGCCACGUCUGUUCAGAUUGUAUUUUAGAACGUCAUUCUGCACAUGUCCAUGACGUCAAGAGAGCAAGUUCAAGACAGAAAGAGAUAAGAUUUGAUGAACUAUUUAAGACCCCGGAUGUUCCGGGUCAACCUGUUAAAAACGAUCUAGAACUUGAAGAGAUUUUGAAAGAAAUUGAAGAAUAUCAUCACAAGUCAAAAGAAACCGCUGAAAUUAUAAAUGAAAUAAUAGAUAAUCGAGCGGAAGAAUUUCUAAGGCACAUCAAGAAAAUAAAAAAUGAAUUGCUAGAGGAAUGUCGGACAAUAACAAAGCAGAACCAUACACAUCUGAAUGCAAUAAAACAACGAGUCUAUUCAAAGCUAGAAAAACGUCCAGAAAACGAAAUUACCAAUAUAUUUCAACCGAUGAAUACACAUAAUGCAGAUUAUUCAAAAUGGAAUUUCUUUAGAAAAAGAGAACAUAUUGGACGUGAUGAUGUCAAUAUAUUGCACCCACAAAUAGAUAUGCCGGUAUUUGAACCAGGUAAAAUUGAUACUAUUUUUAUGAAGUCCAUGUUCGGGGUUGUGUUGGUCAAAGGAGCGGUUAAUCCCGAUACAUCUUUUCCUGAAACUGAUUUGGAUUAUCCUAUUCGAGGAAAGGAGAAUAUUAAACCUAGGUAUACAGAAUCUAAACAGACAAUGUCUUAUUGUUUAGAAAAUACUCUGAACAUUGACGAAAUAAGUCCGCGAAUGAAUAACCAUAACAGUCUCAAAGAAAAUGACAGAAGCUUAAAGAGUAAUAAAUGGAUAGAUCAUUUUAGCGAAAAACAGAAAAGUUUCUCCAACAUUUAUACAAAUGCAAAAGAAAUUCAAUCAGCUCGCGGACAUCAAGAUAUAAAUGCCGGUAUCAAAAACAGUAAACCAAAAGAGUCCUCAUAUUUUGAUCAUAAAUACAAAAAUCAUGAAACGGAUGAUACUAACAGUCUACCAUUGCCAUAUAUGCAAUCUACUAUACACGUUAGCAAUUAUCCGCCAUCUAUGAACAACAUUUCUGGUUCUAUAUUUCCACCCGUUCCUCAUUUAGCCAUCGAUUGUGAAGAUAACCCAGUUUGUUGUAUUUGCGUUAUAGGCUCCGAUGUAUGUUGGAUACACCAGGGAUUUUCUACCACAAAUUCUUUUUUUGACAUUGGUGAGAAUAAACGAAAGAAAAUUGAGUUUAAAUUUGUUGUUGAAGAUUGGACCCUCAAGCCUCCAAACACCUUAAUAGCAGUAGACUAUAACCAUCGAAUUGUUCAAAUAACUCCCAUGGGAUUACCUGUAAAUACUUUAUCAUCAACUCAAAAUAUUGGUUGGUCUUUUUUCCAUGUUGAUUUACAUCCGAUUGCAGUGACAUUUUGCAAAAAUGGCGAUGUUUUAGUGUCGCUUGUUGACUCAUGGUCUUACAAUACAGACAGCAAGAGUCGUCGACAGGUCGUAAGGAUGAAUGAUAAUUUUGAAGUAGAGCAAACAAUAGAAUAUUAUUGUUCAAACAGAAUUUUCACGACACCAAGGAGACUUGCCGAAAAUAAGAAUGGUGACAUUUGUGUUUUGGAUGAAACAAGUGAAAAAAGUGGUCAAAUUUUGUUAUUUAAUAGAGACGGAUCAUUAAAGCUAGUUUAUACCGGAAGCAGUGACAGUGACGAGCAUUUCAAUCCAAACAGUAUUUGUUGCGACAGUGAAGCAAGAAUAAUCAUUUCCGACUAUAGUUGUAACAAGCUGCAUAUUUUAGAUCAAUCAGGAAAUUUCCUGCAAUAUAUUAUUCAUUCGGAAAUUAAAAACCCUUUCUGUGUGACUAUUGAUUGUAAGGACCAUUUAUGGAUAGGGUUAAAAAGCGGGAAAAUCAUCGUAUUUAGUAUUCAGCAGCUGGAUGAACCUACUCAUUCUAGAGAAUUAUACAAAUCAUAUAAGGUGUAAUUUGCAUGCAAUUUAAAUUAAAUUGAAGGGAAAUAAAUUUAAAUUAUUGGUUCAUUAACGUCAGUUUGCCAUCAAUGAACAGGCGAUUGAUCAUUGCGAAGAAACAUUUUGGAAGAUUUAUUAUCUUCGAGGUAUAAAUUAAAAUAAAUGAAAAGGAUUGGCAUUAUGUAACUGUUGUUACUUUCGGUCAAUAAAUCAUUAUGACACAAUUUAUUAAUUUACUAACAGGGUUUAUAGGUACAAUCCAAUUGCAAAUGUGUCAAAUUUUACCCCUUGUAUUUUGUACAUCUUUUUCAAUUAACCUUACAUGUACAACGUAAAACAGAAUCGUUAGAUGUUGAGAGCAAAUAGACGACCCAUUAUACAAUCCAAUGAUUCCGAACUCCUAUU